AAUCCAAAGGGGAACGGAAUAAACAGUCCGCUGUACUCCUCUCGUCUUCGAGCUCGAUGUUGAUGCAUGUACCGACGAUGAUCCACUUGCCCUAAUUCUCUCAUUGUGAAAAUAUCGGAUCAGAUCGUUGUUCUCUGAUCCGAUCAAGAAUUCGAAUCAAUCGUCAUUAGAAAGGGGGAAGUUUUUAGGGUUUGAAGAUGAUCAGCGGGCGGCGAACAGCGAAGGAUUUGGUUGAAGAAGCCAAGAAGCGAGUGGUUUUGUUGCUCAUAUGCGUCUUUGGACUCUCUUAUCUCAUGUCCUUAACGAGUUCAUCAGUUUGGAUUAACUUGCCUGCUGCUGCUGCCUUAAUCAUUUUUGGCCGUUAUGUCUCUCUUGACCUUGAUAUUCAUCGAAGGGCCACGAUAGAGGAGAAAUUAUCCCCUGUUAAUCAAUCUAGUCUAAGAAAAUCUGUUGAGCUUCACGAGUUUCCCAUUGAAAAGCAAAACUGGAGAAGAAAAGUCAACUCUCCUCCAGUUGAGGCAGCAAUUGAGCAAUUUACAAGACACUUGGUCUCUGAGUGGGUAACGGAUCUCUGGUAUUCCCGCGUAACUCCUGACAGGGAUGGCCCAGAGGAAUUAGUGCAGAUUAUGAAUAAUGUUCUUGCAGAAAUUUCUUCUCGUGCUAGAGACAUAAAUCUUAUCAAUCUUCUCAGCAGGGAUAUUAUCAAUCUUCUCUGCAAUCAUUUAGAGCUCUAUCGCUUAGGCCAGUCCAAGAUCAAGAAAGAAGACUUGAGGAAGUUUCCUACUGGUCAUGAAGAUACACUACUGAGACUUGUUCUAGCAGCUGAUAAUAAGUUACAUCCAGCUUUGUUUUCUGUUGAAGCUGAGCACAAGGUGUUACAGCAUUUGAUGAAUGGUCUCAUCCAAAUAACCUUUAGACCUGAAGAUCUGCAAUGCACUUUCUUCCGAUAUACAGUCAGGGAGCUACUUGCAUGUGCAGUGUUUCGACCAGUUUUAAACUUAGCUAACCCGAGGGUUAUCAAUGAAAAGAUUGAAUCUUUGGUUCUUUCUCUGGCCAAUAAGGCUGACAAGGGAAUCAUACCUUCUGCAGAACAGACACCAACAAUGAAGCCACCUCCUAUGCCAUCUUCAGAUGAAAUUUUGGGAUUUCAAGAUCGCUCAACUGUUGGUGUUGAACUUGUGAAGGUUAGGCAUGCUCUCUCGAGCACGACUUCUGACGAUCAGGUCUUAAAAAAUUCUAAUGGAGCAGGAGUUCAGGAGGUUAGUAUUAAUUCUAGCAAUGUGAAAGCAAAUGACGCAUAUACUGCAAGAGGUGAAUGGGCUCAAAUGUUAGAUAUGCUUUCCAGAAGAAAGACUCAAGUUCUAGCACCAGAGAACCUUGAUAGUAUGUGGACAAAAGGAAGGAACUACAAAAAGAAGGAAGGCAGAAGACAGGUGGCAAACCAGGUCAGGCAUAGUGCGUCUGUGGGAAGUAGUAAUGCUUCUCAGGAUUAUAUGGAACCUUCUAAUGGUCUUAUACAAGAUAGAAGAGCCAAUAUACCCAAAAGAAACAAUGCUUCAUUCUUUGAUGAAGAGAGGAAUGUGGUAGAUGACAUGCAAGUUCAUUCUGCUAACAACAGAUCCACUAACCAGCCAGUUAUAUCAAAUCAGGAUAGAACAAAAGACCUGAGUGAUGAGGAGGUUGAAACUGAUACUGAGGGUUCAUAUCAGAGUGAAGAUGAUGACAACAAUACUGUGACAGGCCUUGAUUCUCCUGGAACCAGAGUGUGGGACAGCAAAAACAAAACAUGUGCUGCUGUUCAAUACAUUCGGCAUCCACUUGAAACAUCUGACCUCCAUUUAGCGAUGAAAAAUGGAAGAGGUCAUAGCCGUCAUCCAAGAAUAAUGAGAACCUCGUCAGGAAGAAAAAGGCCAAGGUCAAGCAAUCUAAAGAUCCCCACCUGGCAGGAGGUUGAGAGAACAUCUUUUUUACUGGGUGAAGGACAUGAUAUACUACACGAGGCAAAACAUGAUUCAAAAACAGAAGAAUCGAGUGAUGACCCAGAUGCUGAAAUCUGGAGUAGAAUUCAUAGUGGAGAAGCUGCCUCAUCCUCUCUUUCCUCAAUUUCAACAACUGAAUCAUGCAAUUCAUCUUUGAAGUCCCUGGAAAAUUCAGUGUUGGCAGAUUCCUUUCUGAAGUUAAGGUGUGAGGUAUUAGGGGCCAAUAUUGUUAAGAGUGGUCCUGGAACUUUUGCUGUUUAUUCCAUUGCUGUUACUGAUGCUAAUAAUAACAGCUGGUCCAUCAAAAGAAGGUAUCGUCACUUUGAGGAGCUACAUAAGCGUCUCAAAGAAUUUCCAGAAUACAAUCUAAGUUUGCCACCAAAACAUUUUCUGUCGUCUGGACUAGAUGUGCCUGUUAUUCAAGAAAGGUGUGACUUACUCGACAAAUAUUUGAAGAUGCUUCUUCAAUUGCCAACAACAUCUGGGUCUAUAGAAGUUUGGGAUUUCCUUAGUGUUGAUUCACAGACAUAUAUGUUUUCGGAUUCCCUCUCCAUCAUCCAGACAUUGUCAGUCAACCUUGCUGAUAAGUCACGUGAGAAAGGUGCAAAGGGUCAGAACCUAGUUGAGAAUAUAAAUGGCCAAUUGUCAUCUAAUGAAGCUAAUGCAAGCAAGCAGUACAAUCUACAAACGAACAAAAACUAUAUAGGAUCAGAUAUUAAAGGAUUAAGAAAAAGAAACAUUGAACAGAAUUCUGGAAACAGUUCAGUGGUUGCGUCUAAAAAUUCAUAUCAAGAAAAUGCAGGAGGUGAUUCGGAGGACAAGCUUCAAACAAAUACUUCAUCUUCUAGCAAUCAUCAUAGGACUAAAGAGGUAGGAGCUGGCAAAGCAGAUGAUCUGCAAGAGACAUCCUCGAUUCUUGAAACUGAUGAUGAUGCAAUUAUUCCUACUGAAUGGGUACCCCCAAAUUUGAGUGUCCCUAUAUUGAAUUUGGUAGAUGUAGUUUUCCAGCUUCAAGAUGGAGGUUGGAUCAGACGACAGGCAUUUCGUGUUGCAAAACAACUACUGCAAUUAGGAAUGGGAGAUGCCUUUGAUGAUUGGCUUAUAGAGAAAAUCCAGUUUCUGCGAAAGGGAACUGUGAUUGCUUCAGCAAUUAAUCGUGUUGAACGAAUUCUCUGGCCUGAAGGAAUAUUCUUAACUAAGCAUCCUAAUCGGAAACCACCUACACCAGUCUCUUCUCCAGGGAGUCAGGACAAGAAUAUUACUCAAAAGAGCAACAGUGUGAAGAAUGGGUUAACCUAUGAACAACAGCUAGAAGCUGAACGACGUGCCAAAUUUGUCUACGAGCUCAUGAUAGAUAAGGCACCCCCCACUCUUGUAAGUCUUGUUGGUCGAAAAGAGUAUGAGCUGUGCACUCAAGAUGUCUAUUUCUUUCUUCAGUCAUCUAUUUGUUUGAAGCAGCUCGCUCUUGAGCUUUUGGAGCUAAUCCUUUUAGCAUUGUUCCCUGAGCUUGACGACGUUGUAAGGCAAUGCCACGAAGACAAGGAGCGGUUUGGAGCGGUUGAGAAAUGAAUGGAUGAUCUACAAAGUGAUUCUUCUCUAAUUGAUUGUUGCAUAUAUGGAUUUGAUUUUGUUUCUGAUGAUAGAUUGGAUGAGGUCGAAACUUGAUGCUGCUUGACCUACGUAGUAAGAUUUGGUUGUGACAAAUCAAAUCAAAUGCAAAAGAAAUUUUUAUUUCUGUGGUCCCAAUCAGCACUGCAUCAAAACUUGUUAAUCAGAAUCACAGAGCCUGCAGGAAUCUGGCCACUGGAAAUCAUUGGAACCAUAGAUAUUAGUUAAUAUACGGGCAGCCAAGUGAAUAUUUUGUCGAACUGUCCAAAAAUAUUUCAUGCGUCUUAGUUCCUUGUGAUGGGGUUGAGAAUUAUAUGUUGUAUGUAGCUUGGUUUUGGUUUCGUGUGAUGAGGUUGAGAAUUAUAUUUUGUAUGUAGCUUGGCAUGGAUGGAGGAGCUCUUUCGUUGUAAACAGCAUGUACAGUUUUUUUCCCUUCUUUGAUUUUUAGACCGAGGAGCUGUAACUGUUUUUGAGGCAUUCAAUUACCUGGUUGGUGUUUAGUGUAUACAUUGAGUGGUUUUGAAGAACUGUCUAUAUUUGCGGCAACAUUUGUAUCAUGAUAUGAAAUUUUGAGUAAGAAAGUAUGGAAUUUUGGGAUGCGUAGCAUGUUUA